UGAAUCGGACUCAAACUCCGAACUGCUUCAGGUGCUUCUGAGGUUUGGCUCGACUUGAGAAUGGAUCUUCCGUCCCUUCAAUGGCAGGAUCACGUUGCACAGAAAUGGACUGGACUUGAUCCUGAGCUGAGGGAGCAUUUUACAUCCAUGUGUGAAAUAGACGAUGUUUUUAAAUGUGCCCUAACUCUUACAACAGAAAAUGACCUGGACUUUGUGCAGAGCAUCUCUGUCGUACACUGUGUCCAGAAGGACGCAGAGCAGGCAGCCAAAAACAGGGAGAUGGGUAACUCUAGCUUCAAGACAAGGGAGUACACUGCAGCCGCUCUGCACUAUUCACAGGGCAUAUGUUUUGCUCCCCAAAGUUCAGAGCAGCUGUCUUUGUGCUAUGCCAACCGCUCUGCUGCACUCUACCAUCUGCAGCACUAUCAGGGAUCUUUGGAUGACAUUGACAGAGCCCUGAAGAAUGGUUACCCAUCUCAUCUUUUACACAAACUCGAGAAUCGCCGUGCACAAUGCCUUCACCAUCUCUCUGUAAAUCAAAAGGCAAAAGAGGAUCCUCACAACUCUCCCUCAGUGAUUCUUAAAGACCCAGACAAAGCGCAGACACAAACUGGAGAACCUCUCAGUUUUGGGAUUUGUCCCGGGGCUGUUGUUGAAUCCAACCUGAACAAAGGUCGACACCUGGUGGCCAAAGAUAGAAUAGCAGCUGGGGAGGUAAUCUUGAAUGACAGGCCAUACAGCUGUGUUCUUUUGCCAGGGAGACAGGAGGUGAAGGGGAAAGGAGUAAAGGCAGGCACAGGGAGGUCGGUGUUGUUUGGAACAGAGCACCGACACUGUCAUAGGUGUCUGACUGAAACACUGUGUCUUGUGCCGUGUGAUGAAUGUAGUUACAGCCGAUACUGUUCAACUGUUUGUCUGAAAGAAGCCUGGGAAGAACAUCAUCGCUUUGAGUGUCCACUUGGAGCAGAUCUAAAGGUGAUGGGAGUCAUGGCACAGCUUGCUCUAAGGGUGACACUAAAGGCUGGGCUGAAAAACGUCCAAAUGGCAAGAGAGAAAAUCAAAAACAUGAACGCAAAGACCAAGCAAAGCUGUUUAAACAGUGACUGCAGUAAGUCCAAAAAUGACUGCCACACAAAUGAGACAGAUCCCACUGUUUCAUAUUACGGUGACUCAUACUUGAGUGUUUUCCACUUAAUGCACCACUUGAGUCAUCACAGCCCUAGUCUGCGUUUUCUGUGUGCGGUUACCGUAGCAACAAUCUACCUAAAGCUCAGUAGGGCAGGACCCCCACCAGCUUUGUGGGACCUCAGCGGACCCUCAGGGGCAACCAACCAAUCGCCAGACAGACCAGAAGAGGAGGGAAGAAUCUCGAAUUGGAGCCCGGAGCAUUGGUUGCUGGGAAGUGCAGUUCUGAGACACAUGCUGCAGUUAAGAUGCAACGCCCAGGCAAUAAUUCUGCUCCAGGAUACAGGAGCAGCAAACUCACAGGUGCUGUCCAGUCAAGAAAUCUGUGUCGCUACAGCAAUAUUCCCAACUCUGAGUCUUCUAAAUCACUCGUGCUGUCCAAACACCAGUCUGGCAUUCAGAACCGGAGUCGGUGCUGAUCUGCCAGAGUUCAGUGACAGUAUCUCUCAUGGUGUCACUGUAACCGUCAGAGCAGCCAAAGUUAUCACUGCAGGACAAGAGAUCCUCCACUGCUAUGGUCCUCACAGCAGUCAGAUGGUGAUUCAGGAACGUAGACGUCUCCUGCAGGAACAGUAUAAUUUCCUGUGUCAGUGUGAGGCCUGUACGUCACAGCUACAGCAGCAGGAGGAGGAGGAUGGGGCAUUAGGAAGAACAGGUGAAGGGAAGAGUCCACAUGAGUCUAAGCUACAGUGCAUCAAGUGCACAGGGGCUCUCAGUAGAAGCACUAAGGACAGAGGAGCAGGAUUUAUGUGUUCUCAUUCAAACUGUGGUCAUCGUAUCUCUUAUUCUGAGGUGAGUCACAGACUGCAGGAAAUCAGAGAUGACCUGGAAAAGGCUGUGGACCUCAUGGAGAGAGAGAGGCCAGACGAAGCCCUUUUGCUGUUAAAACGAACUCAGUCUCUGUCUGGACUGAUGCUCACAGACACACAUCCACUGCAGGGGGAGCUGGAAGAUGCCAUGGCCAGAGCGUGUGCUACAAUGGGUGACUGGAGGAAUGCAGCCUCCCAUUUGGAGUGCAGUGCUGCUGCUGUUGGUUCCCAGUACGGAGAAGACAGUAUUGAAAUGGGUCGACAGCUCUUCAAAUUAGCUCAGCUGCACUUUAACGGCGGUGCCAAAGGCGCAGCCCUCUCCGUCAUCCCCAAGGUCAGACGGCUCCUCUGCCUUCACUGUGGCCCUCAUUGCCUUGAAGUACAAGAGCUCCAAGCCAUGGAGGAGUGUCUUCGAGGGUAGAACUACACAUCCAUGAGAUUCAUAUAUUUUUUCAAUAUGUAAGCAGUUUUCUACUGAAUAAAA